GUGAAUAUUAAAAAAGUUAUUUAUCAACAAAACUAAUAAGAAAAGUGUGUGCCAAACAAACAGCCAACAUAACAUAGUAGCAGCAAAACAAAAGGCCAGCCAGCAGUGAAUUCUAUUCCUUGGCUUUAUAUUUGGCACACAAUGAGCCAAAGUUUUGAUAGUUUAAUGCAUGGCGCGGCGGGCUCUAGAGGCUACGCGGAGCGUCAGUCAUCUGAGGAAGUGCCGGAGUCAACAACAACGACAGCAACAACAACAGCCGGCGAGGAUGGAGCUGGUGCAACGUUGCAGGACGAUGAUUUUGCUGAGGAUAACAAUUUCGAAUCGAAUUUGCGAAGACGCAAAGGCAAAAUAAUAUCCUGUGCCAAGGAGACUAUCGAAAAUGCUUCCCGCCAACUACGCCGCAAAGUGCCAUACGCCGGCCAUUUGAUGACGCCGCGUCGCCUGUGGCUCAACAAAAUUCCCACACAAUGCGAUGUGGUCAUUGAGUUUCCCGAGGAUGCGCCAGAUGAGGCGUUGCGUUGGCUACUCGCACGCAUACGCUCCCCCCCGCCAGCGGGCUUGGGCCUGCUGGUGCAGGUGAAAGCGCAUGAAAGCUCCAGACGUAAUGCUUUCUACGUAAGCGCGCCGGUGAAUAUUCUGUUCAGAGCCGCAGAGGAAGCGCGUUUACCAAAGCGUUUGCGGCCGGAUUUGGGCGGCGCCUUGCGUGAGUUUACGACACGUGAGAGCCACUGCUUCCAGCAGCUGCGUGGCGAUGUGGGCAGCACUGCAUUGUUUACCUCACAAGAACGCCAGUGGCUGGUGCUGCAAGUGUUGCAAGGACUGCGCGCCGGUUGCAGCGACAUAGAAGCGCUGCAGGGACGUGCUGCAGUUGCCGAGGGCCAAAGCAUAGUGGCCGCUUGGCAGGAAUCGGGGCUGAUCACGCAAGUGUUUCCGCUGCAUGAGACAAGCUCGUUAACGCAGCUGCAAACGCAUUGGGUGAAGCAGAUCUUCGCACCACAGCCUUUGGACGAUAUAGCCGCCUACUUUGGCGUCAAGGUAGCCUUGUACUUUGCCUGGCUGGGACACUAUACCUGCGCUUUGGGCGUGCCCGCUGUGUUUGGCACUAUACUUUACUUUAUACUCUGGGGCAAAGGUCAAACGGCACAAGACAUGGGUCAUGUGCUUUUCUCGCUAUUUAAUGUGGCCUGGGCAUCGCUUUAUUUGGAAGCGUGGAAGCGAUACUCGGUGGAGUUGGCCUUUCGCUGGGGCACCUUAUCCACGCCGCCCGAGCUGCUGGAGCCACCCAGGCCACUUUAUAAAGGCCCACUGGAGGAGAAUAAUGUGACGGGUCGCUUGGAGCCACGAGAGGCGCCUGCUUGGCAGCGUCGUGCCUUUCGAUAUUUGGUCAGCUUUCCUGUGAUUGGUCUUUGCCUGUUCAUGGUAUUUGUUGUGAUGUUUCUCAUGCUACGAUUUCAGGAUUGGCUGGAUCACCAUAAAAUACCCGAUAAAGGAAUUGCUCAAUGCAUGUAUAAUUUGCACAAGGACUGGUGGGACUCCAAGUUGCCGGAGGAUAGCGUGCUCUGUUGCCUGAGCGUAAUACCCAAGGUGCUAUUGGCUGGCGCCAUUACGCUUAUGGACGAGGCCUAUUUUAAGCUGGCCGUAUGGCUAAAUGAUCGCGAAAACUAUCGGUUGCAGUCCAAGUAUGAGAAUCAUUUGAUUGCCAAGGUAGCGCUAUUUCAAUUUGUCAACUCCUUCUUGUCGCUGUUCUACAUAGCAUUUUAUCUGCGUGACGAGGAUAAGCUCAAGGAGCAACUGGCUGGUCUGCUAAUCUCACGUCAAAUCAUUGGGAAUUUACGGGAAUCAGCCAUACCUUAUGUCUUGGAGCAAUGGAAGCUGGCCAAGCUGAGCUUUAAUAUGUGGGGUGCUCUCAGUCCCACCCAGAAUGCCAAUCGCAGUCUGGCAGAGGAGUUGGCCAUGGCUGAGGAGAAGCUGAAGGCAGAUGCUGCUGCCGGCGCAACACAACAGAAGCAGCCACAGCAACCGCAGUCUACAACUAAACGAAACAUUGGACAGGCGGAGAUUGAGAGCUCUUUGUAUAAGUACGAUGGCACCUUCUCGGAUCAUUUGGAAAUGCUUGUGCAAAUGGGCUACGUGGUGCUUUUCUCAGCGGCCUUUCCCUUGGCGGGCAUCUGUGCGCUGAUCAACAAUCUGAUGGAAAUACGUUCAGAUGCGUUUAAGCUGGCCCACGUGCAUCAGCGUCCGUUUGGUCAGCGUGUAGCCAACAUUGGGACCUGGCAGAAUGCCUUGAGCAUUCUAUCGCUGGCGGCAGUGAUUGUCAAUUGCGCACUCAUUGGUCUGUCUGGACAAGUGUCGCGUCUUUGGCCUGGCCUGACCACUGCACAGACUAUUAUACUGAUUGUUACCUUGGAGCAUAUAAUGCUGGGACUGCGUCAGGCACUGACCUGGCUCUUGCCAGAACUACCUUCUUGGCUGGCGGCGGAGAUAGCGCGUGCCGAGCAUUGUCGACGCGAAAUGCAAUGCAAGGGAACAUCACCGCGUCCAACACCACCGACGCCACCUUCGACGACAUCCACACAGCCAGAGCAGGAAGGCACCGGCACAAAUACCACACAUGAUCAGAGCAUGGAGAGUCAGCUGGCUGAGGAUAUGCUGCUCUAUGGGCAUGAAGGCUUUGCGCGCAGCAUUGAGCGCAGACGGUAUGAUCCUAUUUGAGAUCGUAGACUCACUCACCAGUUUCCACCAUUUCAGACCAGCACCAUACUCAUACGACCUUUGCAUGAGUCGACGCCGCCACAUGGUGGCGCCUCGCUUAGCAGCUUGCAACAGGAUGGCAACGGCGCUUGUAAAUGUUGUAGACCACAAACGAAAAUGUUUAUACCGGAAAUUCCGCCAUUUUUUGGAUACUCGGUGCGCAAUUUGAGUGCGCUGCCAACGCAAAGUCAAAAGCUACAACAAAAACUGUUGAGCGGCGCUUCAGCCAGCACAUUCGUUCUCAACUCCGCCAGCUACGCUGCACAACUUCAAUCGAUGCAUAUACCCGAAAUACCGCCAUUCCGCAAGAAAUCCAGUGACUCUGCCGAUCACACUGGCAGCAGCACUAGCAGCAGUCCCCAACGCGCCUCCAUGCGUCAGUUGCCGUUACAACCAACAAGCUUGCAACAACAACAGCAGCAGCAACAACAACAACAGGCGGGCAAGAUACCAGAGAUUCCGCCAUUCAGGACGCGUAAAAUCUCCGUCGAGAGUGCUACGCAUGUGCCCUUGAGCGAACUAACCAGCAAUGCGGAUAACACGGACGUUUUGAAGCCAGCGCCGUCUUGGUGCAAUGUGGCCUUGAAGUCUGGCACAGCGGGCAGCAUGACGGUCACGACGCCUGCCUCACAGCAUCUGCAGCAGCAUAUUGUUGCCUCUUCAUCUUCUUCUUCGGGGGGAGGCGGCAGUGUAUUCAGUCCCAGUGGCGCUGGCCCGGCAGCUAGCAGCAGCAUAAGCAAUUCACAGUCACGGCCCAGCGUGGGUGCACUAUCUAAUUCGUCAUCCAGCUCUGAGAAGAAGCAGCAACAGAAACAAGCCAAGGAGCUGGCCAAGGAGGAAGCCAAAGAGCGUGAACGGGAGCGAGAAAGAGAGAAGGAAAAGGAAAAGGAACAGGCAUCCACUUCCGCUGGAAAUACAGAUGAUGAAACAAAGGCUGCCGAAUUGGCCGCCAAGAAGUCACGACUCAAACAGAAGCUGGUCAAGAGCGCUCGCUCUGUGGCCAUUUUCUCACUCAAGCUCAAAGAGCGUCGACAGCGAGAGGCUGAGAAGGCAGCCACCAUUGCUGUAGAGCAUGCCAAGGCCCUUGCCAAGCUGCCCAUGCCUCAACCCGUCGGCGGAGAGCUGAGCUUAAUACCCAUCGAGCAGUUAAUACAAAUUGAGGACCUGCAGCCCAUGAUUAAGCCUCAAUCAGCAGCGGGCACAUCAUCAACGCAAUCGAGCUCCUCGACGCAUCAUUACCAGCAUCAAUCGCAUUCACAAUCGGAAAAUUAAAAGUCUCGCUCCUUACGCACACUUUGUAAAUAAUUUUCUAUGCACACUACU